UCAGUGACCUUCCCUCGUCACCCUCUCUCUCUCUCUCUCCGGAGAGACUUCUACUUCUAUCUUCCUCGUCGGGAAGAUCGUGGAACUGAAAAUCCUCGUACUCCAAAGAUGUUGCAAGAUAUGUGGAACGCUCCACCUGGUUUCCGACCCACCAAGUCGGCUCCUUCCUCACCAGCCAAGCCUCUCGGGGUUUCAAGAACUAGAUCCGAUUCCUUCCACGUAACCCACAAAGUACCAGUUGGCGACAGCCCUUAUGUCAGAGCCAAGAAUGUUCAGUUGGUGGAUAAGGAUCCGGAGAAAGCAAUACCUCUGUUUUGGGCAGCUAUUAAUGCUGGGGAUAGAGUGGACAGUGCCCUGAAAGAUAUGGCCAUUGUGAUGAAGCAGCAGAAUCGGGCCGAAGAAGCCAUAGAAGCCAUCAAGUCGCUUCGACAUCGAUGUUCAGAUCAGGCACAAGAGUCUCUUGAUAAUAUUCUUUUAGAUCUUUACAAGAGAUGUGGGAGAUUGGAUGACCAAAUAGCACUGUUGAAGCACAAGCUGUACUUGAUUCAACAAGGGCUGGCUUUCAAUGGGAAACGAACCAAGACCGCUAGAUCUCAAGGAAAGAAAUUUCAGGUCUCCGUGGAACAAGAAGCCACUAGGCUAUUGGGGAACUUGGGAUGGGCAUUGAUGCAGCAAAACAACUACACUGAAGCAGAAGAUGCUUAUCGGAGGGCACUUUCGAUUGCUCCGGAUAACAACAAGAUGUGCAAUCUUGGUAUCUGUUUGAUGAAGCAGGGAAGAAUCGUUGAAGCCAAAGAAACAUUGCGACUAGUGAAACCAGCGGUGGCAGAUGGCCCGAGAGGCACAGAUUCCCAUCUCAAAGCCUAUGAAAGAGCACAGCAGAUGCUCAAGGACCUUGAGUCUGAAAUGAUGAACAGGGGAGGAGGGGACCGGGUCGAACAGCGCCGGCUCUUUGACGCCUUUCUUGGUUCUUCAUCCAUUUGGCAGCCUCAGCCUUGCAAGGAUCACAGUAGCUUGCCUGCUUCAAAUUCAAUCACACCCCAGGAUGAGUUUCCUGAUGAGAAUAUCAAUUCAAACAUAACAGAAAACCAGAUGGUACUAACCCAACAGAGAAGUGCCAAACAAGUUGCUCCUCCCAAUGCCAAUUUUCUAAAUGUUGCUGCACCACCAUUUUUUUCAUCAAAAAUCAUAAAGGAGCCAACUUUGAAAGACCUGGUUGAGAAUCAGUUUCCUGAGAGCCUUAAGAGAACAAGAUCUGGAAAUGAUGCCAAGUCGAUCAGAAUAAAUGAUAUGGGGAUGACCAUGAAGCCAUCUGUGGAAUCAGGAAAGCAGGAAAAUAAGACCCCAAGGCUAUUAUCUCUUUCAUCUGAAGAAACAGGUGUCAAGUUGACACAGUUUUUGCCAGACAACAAGGAUUUUGAAGAUGCGAUUAUGGCUGCAGUUUUGGGCACAGAUGAUGAGGUAGGAAAGGCACAGCAUACAGCUAUAUUUCAGAGGAAGAUUGAGAAGAAGAGGCUUAAGGUUUUUCAAGAUAUUACACUCUCUUUGAGUCCGAGAGCCUGACUACUUGAGAAUUUUUCCAGCUAACUAUAAUUUCUUGAGUAUUUUUUUACAUAGCUUUAUUUUUAGGUGGGGAGAUGCACUUGUUCUCCUUUCACUUCAGUUCCUGUAAAGGGCCACCCAGUAACGUAUGGCAGCAAUUCUUUCACGUAGAAGCAGUGUAGUAAGAGAGAGUCAGUCAUGUAUGGUCCCCCUCGGCAGAUUUAUUCACCUAUUUAGAGUCAGUCAGUCAUGUAUGGCCUCUUCAACAAAAGGGAGGUUUUUACACAAUAAUGACUUGAUUUAUAUCA